CACGGUCGUUUGUGCUGUACGAUCCAGUUCCGGUCUGUCAGAGCGACACGUCAUUUAAAACCGCUCGAGUUCUUUUUAGGGUAGUAUUGAAAUACAAAUAAUUAAUUAUACCUUUUCAUUCGUUUUGUGAAUUUCAAGACAAAUCAGGAUGUCUAAUUCGGUCAUUUCCGUAAUCUCUCGGUUUCUGGAGGAGUACAGGACGAGUACGCCGAAUAAACUGAAAGUUGUGGACGCUUAUCUCUUGUACAUUAUGCUAACCGGGGCUCUCCAGUUCCUUUACUGCCUGCUUGUCGGCACCUUCCCCUUCAACAGCUUUCUGUCUGGCUUUAUAUCGUGUGUUGGUGCCUUUAUUCUCGGAGUCUGCCUGCGGAUCCAGAUAAACCCUCAGAACAAAGGUGACUUCCUGUCCGUCUCCCCGGAGAGGGCCUUCGCUGACUUCCUGUUCGCCCACACCGUGCUUCAUCUCGUGGUCAUCAACUUCAUCGGCUGAGACGCGAGGCCACGACCCGCCAGAGAAGUGAACAAGUUGAAUUUGCGACCAAAAUGGACGGAAUGCCCAGAGACGCCUGCCACCCCGUUGUAGCGCACGGCAGCGCCCCCAUCCAGUACGCAGGCUAGCUGUGCACUCAAUAGUCAUUACUCGCUGGCUGCGCUCAAAACUGCAUACUAUAAUCACAGUAAUCAUCAUAAUAAUUUUGUCCAAAGCAACUUACCGUAGACUAAGGGCCCAACAGCUGCACUGGUCUUCCUGUGGCUACACCGGGGCUUGAAGCACCAACCUUCAUGUGCCUUAGCCACUAGGUUACAGGCUGCCCCUAGCCAACUCGCACACUGUUUGUACUAAAUUUCACUGACUGAUUUUCAUUGAAAUGUAGUAUGAGUAGUAUUUUAAGUGUGCAGUUUUGAACACAGCCAUUGUGUCCCUGAAAUGUAAUGUGUGACCCAUUACUCUGUACAUAUCCAUGAUAAAUACACUUUUACACUGGGUUGCAUGAAACCAUAAUUGUUUUUUUGUUUCGUUUUUUGGAGAGAAAAAACUUGUUCAUUAUUUCACUUCAGACCUGAAAAAUAAAGUGAUCCGAUUA